CAACUGUACACCCAUCACGUUGCGCACAUGGAUCGGGUCGAGGUGACCACGCCACACCCAGACCAAGGCAGAGUGCCUGUGCCGGAGAGACGGCUUGUGUAACAGCUGUAUCAGCCUGUGGCACCGAAAACAAGCAGUUGCGCCAGCAUCGUGCCUUGUUGAAAUGUCCAGUACGCAGAAGAGGCGGCGCAUGCAGCGGCCUCUCAGCGCGACAGGGGCCGAGAACUAGUUGAAGAUAUUCGGACACAGUUUGUGAACAACAGUGUUUACAUGCGUGUGUCUUUACCGUAGCUUUAGCCACUUUUUGGAGGAAUGAGGGGCGUAUGUCCGGCUCUCAAAAUGGGAUUGUUUUUGCACGCCGUUGGCUCUGUUACCCCCACCGAGUCCGCAGUAGACAGGAGCCUACUGCACUGUGAAGGUGUUAACAACCAGAGCUACAUCUGUGAGUCUGGACACUGCUGUGGAGAGUCUCAGUGCUGCAGCUACUACUACGAGCUCUGGUGGUUUUGGUUGGUGUGGGCAAUCAUCUUCAUUUUGAGCUGCUGCUGUGUGUGCCACCAUCGCCGCACCAAGCACCGGCUGCAGCAGCAACAACGGCAGCACGAGAUCAACCUCAUAGCUUACCGUGAAGCACAUAACUACCCUUCUGUGCCCUUCUACUUCAGGUUUCUGCCAAACUACCUCCUGCCUGACUACGAGGAGGUGGUCAACCGGCCACCUACUCCUCCCCCUCCCUAUAGUGCCUUACACACAGGCUCAUCCUCAGUGGUUUCUAGUCCACUGGCCUCUGAGCAGCAGGAGGGACACUGUCCAACCAUCCAGCCCACUCCAGUGCCCCAAGUCUCUGACAGUCUGUGUUGCAGACCCAGCAUAGAAGAGCCACAACCUCCCAGUUUAGACUUUAGGCCAAAGCCUGACAGCAAGCCCAUGCAGACAGCACAAGAUUCAGGCAUGAUACUGCGGUCAGAUGGGCACAAUAGGGAGGGACUCACCAGCCAGGAGAAAAGAAGCGGAAGUGGGGAAGAGUCCUGCAAGGACCCCCUGCUGAAGGACCUGACAGAGGACAAAGAUCGACUCCCCAAUGGUAGGAGGAGACGUUUCACAGGGGAUUCUGGUAUUGAGGUGUGUGUGUGCGGCACACGUGGGAGCAGCAGUUGUAGUGGAGCAGGAGGGAAAGGCCAGGACGGCAAGGAGUUGAGGGAGCUAGAGAGCCUGCUGGGGUGCGAGGGAGAUGGCAACGAGGAGGAGGGGGAAGAGGCGGGCGACUUCUGCGACAGCUGCGGUCAUCAGGCCUCCUUCAGCAUGGAGGAGGAGCAGGCGCUGGGCGAGCUAGAGAGGCGGGCUGCAUGCGGGCCUUCAGGACCUCCUCUGCCCGUUCCUCAGAUAGGCAGCAACUCACUCCACCCUCCUGUGUGCCUCCUCCUCCACACCAUCAACGAGCAGGAGGGGCCGCACCACAGCACCAGCACUGAGCCGCAGGGCUGAAACACAGUGGACGCACCUUUGUCAUAGAGGGAAGGAGAGCACUUAGGACUGGACAUGGAGGCCUAUACUUUUGUAUUUGAGCAAGUGUUUAAUGUCUAAAUGCUUUCUAAGUGAGUAUUUUUAUGAAUGUGUGCAUCUUAGAUAAAACAGGUGUGGGAGCAGGAAGUGGAAUCUCUAAAAAUGAACUAAAAAUGAAUGCGAUCCAAAGGUUGAGAAAGCCUGCUCCUCUCCACACUGGAACAGUGGCCUUAACCUGUGUAUUUUGGGUUAUAUAUAACAGCCUGAGGGAAUUGAGACUUCUCCCACAGCGCGCGCGCACACAUACACAGACAGACACACCACAGACACACACACGUCCUUCUGAUACAAUGGAAGCUACUGACAUAGUCACAGACUUGAUAGCUGAAGCUGUGAUGUCAGGACAGGACGUUCACUGCCUAGGAAGAGUGCAGCUCUCCUCACUGGGUGCUUACAACAGUUCUGAAAAGUCGUUCUUUACGUAGUAACAAAAACAGCAGGAACAUUUUAAAUGAGUGCAAUGUGGAAUUACCACAGUGUGUGUUUAUGCAAGCUGAUACUGUACAGGGACACUAGAACAAGACUGUGUGGGACGUCCUGUUAGACUCAUGCUUAUCAAGUGCUUUUUCAGCGAUUAAAAACCGCUUUGCCUUGUGUCCGUUUUUGUCGCUCUCUAUCUGCCCUGCUAGUGAUAGAGGACUAUAAGUGCAUUAACAGAUCUCCAUGUGAGUAGUUCCUAAUUUGCACCAAGUGUAUUUAUCUUUAGAAAUUAAGCUUUUAGCUAAAAAAUCAAAACAAAAUCUUUUUUUUUUUUUCAUAAAUGAAGCCCUAAAUUGCAGCACCUGAUUACUUUCUUAGGGUUUUGUUGCAACAUCUGCAAGAAAUGGACCUCUGUGAAUUGUUAGUAGGGAAUGCAACAGAUUUACUUUGUAUACAAUCAUUUUUUAAACUUAAUUUAAUGAAUAUUUGUAGUAUGUGCCUACCCAAAAAGUGCAGAAUGUUGAUGAAGAAUGAUAAGCUUCAGUGAGACUGAGAGACCAUCAAACAGCUGGUACUAAAACUAAUUAAAGAAUAUUAAGCUUAUUAGAGGUUACAGCUGAGAUGGGCAACAUCAGACCUCAAACUUUUGUGUCAGUCACUUCAGUAUAUUACCACCUUCACCAGCUAUACAGUAUAAAAAAACAAAGAUUUAUACUCUUUAUGUUGGAUUUUCAUAUUAGCACAAUUUUUACCAUUCUUCAGCCUUGGUAUUCAGUAAUUAAACAUUUAUAACGGCUUCCUGAAGGCUCCAUUAAAGAAGAUUUCAGUUACCCAUGGGUGUUCCUGCCAAUCUUGUGUAUUUGUGCUAUUUAAUCAGAGAGAGGAAAUGCUCCUUUUAGUUUGUGCACAGAAUAGUUAAAAUAUUGAGCACUUAGCCCCCCCCCCCAAAAAAAAAAGUCAUUAUCUGCAGCCUGGUGAGUAGAAAAAUACCUCUUCAGGGAGUAAAGGCAUGUGAAAAGAUAAAAAUGAUUCUAGUUCAGUUAAAAAAUAAAUGAGGAAACGAAUCAAAAGAGGUAAUAAAACAGUCUGAUAGUUGUCCUUGGUAAUCAAGAGUUUGAUCAACAGGAUAUUUCUGAGAAACUUUUUUUUUUUAUGACUGACAAAAAUAUUCUUGGCACAGGAUGUUGUUAACAGUACAAGUUAACAAGCAACAUGUAAUUCUGCAUUGGGGAUAUAAAACAAAGGCCACUUAGAAAAAGCAUUUAAAUAAUCAAAGUUUAUCACUUCCAUUAAUGUAUCUUCACUGGAAUACUCAUGGGUUUGAAAUACCUUUAAGAGCUUGAAAUGUCCUCAUCUAAACCUUACAGGAGCUUUAUUACAGUAGAUGUUGAUUGAUGAUGAAUGUGUCAUGAAAAAUGCCACUGAUUAUAUAGUGAAUAUGACGUGUGAAACUUUGACAAAUUGAGUUAAGCAAAAUUUUUGUUUGCCCACUCUCUGAAAUGAAGUGGACCUGGUGAUUCUACAUACCGUUGUGUCAUGGAAGUAUAUUUUUUCAGACUUCAGCACAAAUGUUGCAGCCAUCUAUCUCUCAGAUAUAUAUAUAUAUAUAUAUAUAUAUAUAUAUAUGUAUAUGUAUAUGUGUGUCAAGCACAAGUUAAACUGUAACACAAACUUUCGAUAUCAACAGUAAGAUGACUGAAUAUUACUCAUCAAAGCCUCAACACACUCAAAACUGCUUACUAUGUUAAUGCUUUUUGUGAACUAGAAAGUGUAAUUGUGGUACAUGUAGUACAAUGAUGAGCUUUUUUUCAUAUCGGCUGAAUCUUUUGACAAUUAUUUGAACUGUAUGAAAUUUCAAAACCACUUUAUAUUUGCAAAUUGAGUACAAUAUUCUGUUUGUGAACCAAAUAGUUGCUUUUAAUGUUUUUAUGAAAUCAUUAGUGUUGCUGUUAUGGACAGAUUUUUUUUUGUGUCAUUAUGUUUUUUUUGUUUUUUUUUUUUUUUCCUGUUAAAAGAUUUAACUUCUUAUCCUGAAGAUGUGUGAAGGGUACAUUUGACUAACAAUUCAGUAGUUCAUUUGUUAACAAGAACAGGGGCAUCUUGCCAAAGACACUUUUUCUUUCUUCACCAGUGUGUGUAAGGUGGUUUUGCACAUAUUCUUUGAAUGUCCUCAUCAUAAGCCAUUUAUUACAAGUACCAAGUUGGACGUAUGUUCAAUAAACAUAAACAUUUAAAUUCAA